AUGGUUGACUUUAUGAAACGAGCACUUGAAUUAGCAACAGAAGCUUUAGUCGCACAAGAAGUACCAGUGGGCUGUGUCUUUACAAUUGAAGAAAACAUUGUUGCUGAAUCUAGAAAUUGUGUGAAUAUUACUCACAAUCCUACAAGACAUGCUGAAAUUAAUUGCAUCGAUUUCAUACUACACUAUUGUAAAACAAAUAAAAUUGAUUAUAAAUGUUACUUUACAAAUAUAACUGUUUAUGUCACCGUAGAACCAUGCAUUAUGUGUGCUGCAGCUCUACAAAAUUUAAAAGUAAAAGAAGUGGUUUAUGGGUGUACCAAUGACAGAUUUGGUGGUAAAACUGUAUUAGAUGUUAGCAAUUUCUGUGAUCAUAGUUAUGAAUUGACAGGAAAUUUACUAUCAAUUGAGGCAAUGUGUUUGUUGAAGCAAUUUUAUAAAGGGACAAAUCCCCACGCACCAGAAUCUAAAAUAAAAAAGAAAAAAGAUAGUUAA